GAGGCUGGUUUCGAGUGCUCGGUCGGCUUCGUCAGUUCAAGGUGUAUUAACGCUUUGCUUGUAAUUGUGCGCGCUGCGUCAGUGGUCAGUGAUACGGGACUAUUAUCAGCGAAGCUAGCGGGUUCGCUGACGCGCAGCGACCGAUCGAUACUAUUCGCAUUGCAUGUGAAGAUUAACGUGUUGUGUUUGUCGAGCCACACUGCUGCUGCGAAGCUCCUUGCCGAACAAACUCCCUCGAUGCUCGACUUGCUGCACUCUUCCAAUUUGGCAAUUUUGCAAGUGCACGCGUCGAUUUUCACAGCGCUUACGUAACUGGCGGCCGCCAUUAGGGAAGGAUGAAGGAUGCCCCGAGCCGCAAGAGACGGAGGCGGGGAGAGGACGUCGACGCCAGAUCAAGGUUACGGUGCUUGGCUCUGCGGCGCCGCCAGACCUGUAACCAUCGGUUCUGGUGCCAGCUACGUCCUCCUUGGUGGCACCAGAUAUGGCCUACGAUUGUCACAGGACAGCCUGCCACCAGCGGAUUCCCGAGAGCAAUUGCUGGAGCGUCGUCGAACCCGCGACUCGCAGGAUGCGGAUCAUCAGCGCCUAUCGAGCGACAACCCAUCGUACUGCGCAAAGCCAAGUCUAGCAGGCGAGUGCUGUUGCAUCGGGGCACGGGCUCGUCUCUUACCUUUAAGUGGCGGCGGCAGUGGUAGUGGCGGUAACUCGCGGAUACCGUCGCCGUCCUGGACCAGCAGUAGCGGCGCUCGUGCUGCGCCAAACUCGCAGCAACCGACUAAUAAUAGCCGGGCCUGUUGGCCGACGGCCGAGUCUCAACAGCAGCACAAGCACCAGCAGCAGCCAGUCACUCGGCAGCAGCCGCUGCUGCUUAGACAGCCGUUUUGGAGCAAAAGCCUCCGGCUACAGGUAUCAAGACAAAAGAAACUCUUGUUGUUAUAUACGUUUAUGCUAAAGGGACGGCGGCAACCGCUGCCCAUGGAGUUUGUCACUAACUUAUUCGAGCCAGCCGUAACAGCAGUGGACCGAUUGCAAAGAUUCCGAUGGAACGGCGGCGGUGGCAGCGGUGGCAAAAAAUCGUCAACCUCGCGCAACAGCGACAAGGCCGAACGGCUGCGCGAGCUUACAGAAAAGCUAAAGGGCCCGGCUCCAGUGCCGCCACCGAGGCGGCCAUCCCGUGCUCAUACAUCCUCUCCACCACCAGUUGACGAACGGCGCAAUUACGCUUUGCAACAGUCGGAUUUGACAGUCAAUCAAAACACUGGUCGAGUCUCCUGUCGCAGUUACACCUUUAGCGAGGGUAGCCAUCAUCCACGCGUUCCAAGUGUAAAUUCUUCGCCGCCACCAGCACCGCCACCUCUGCCACCGAUACCACCAUCACCGCCACCAUCAUCGUCGUCAUCAACACGUCCUCGUCAGUUACUUCGAAGCGAGAGUCUAAGCGAAGAAUAUUAUGAUCCGGAGGUUGAUGAGAACGACGCUGCUGUUGAUAAUGCAAGCAACGGAAAGAGUCGACAUUACAGACAGUCGAGUGAUUCGUUGGUCGGCGAUACGAGUAAUAGUGCCAAAACGAAAUUGGACAGGUGUGAAAGCGUGAAUUUGUGCGAAAAUGAAGCAAGAGACGCCUUGCCAGGUCUCAUGGAGCUUAGAACUUCUUCGCUUUAUCCCACGCAGAAAACUGGACAGCCUUAUCGGAGUGCAUCAUUCGGACAAGCUGAUUAUAGUUACGGCAACGUCGACGGUGGCGGGAGCCGGGCAUCGGCAAUUGCGAAUGCAAGACGAGCAGCAUACGCGGCGUCGGAAGUACGCGCAAGCACGUUGCCUCGUGUCCGCCGGAUCGAAGACUCACCGACACCAAGUCCACCCAGUUUAGCAGACAGCGCUGUUGGAUCAUCGGCCGAAGGUCUUAUCAACAAUAAUUUGUCGCUACCGUCUACCGAAGCUGCCUUCAGACCAUGCAGUGAUGGAUCGGAUAGUUUGGCUACGUCGAGUGCGAUUGCAAGCCCGGAGCCUGUGAACAGUAAUGUCGACGAGGAUUGCGCUCCGGCGCGGGUCAAUGUCGCUGCUGUCGAACAUGAGAAGCCUAGCGAACACGUUGUCAAGGAGAGCUUGCAAAGAGAAAGCCGUAUCGAGCCACACGAGGUAAUAAUAACACCACCGCAGGAGGACACAAUCCUCGACGUAGACCUGCGAAAUUUGGCGAAUUUACGCUUGAGCCAGGCAAGCGAAGCGAGCGAAGCGCCCAGCGAAGCAAGCACUGCCACCACGGCAACAAGCGAGUCAGUACAGCCAGUGUCGCCGGGUGGCAAAUUACGACGCUACCGUGGCGACACGAGCAAGAGACGCAAGGGUGUCUACAUAACACAAUGGCCCGAGCCAGCUGUCGACUCGGCUGAGCUUGCGAUUGCCAGGUUAAAGCUCAGUGGGCAGAGUAGCGAAGAGCGAGACGAGCCACCGGCUUCGGCCACACCAAGUGAUCUGUCGGAUUGCGAAGGACAGACGCCCAGGAGGUACAGUAAACGUCCAUUACGCGGACCUUACGGCCAGAUGUUAGAGGCUGAGAUGGCAAAACAACAGUCUCGAGCAGCCGAUCUAGACGACGUUGGCUUACGUCAGAGGCGUAAAGUCUCGGCCAAUUUGUCAUUUAAUGCAGGCGGUAGCAAUACCAGCAGCGCUGAGACACCGCCUACGCAUCACCGCACCACGUCCAGUCCAAGCAAACUGGAAGGUUUACCCGGACCAAGUCCUGAAUUACUUGCUGAACUUUUGCGGGGUUCGUCCGAGAGAGUCGCUUGUGCACCGGCUCAUCCUAAUGAUACGCGAACUCACGUCGUCGUAGAACUAUACGACACCGAACGUUCCUACGUUGAGGCCUUGCAAAUACUAGUCAAUAAAUAUCUACAGACCCUUAAGAGCCCCGAGAAUGCACACCUCGUCGAUGCUGUCAUCGUCGAUGAGAUAUUCUAUCAGGUACCAGCAAUUCUUAGUCACCAUGAGGUAUUUCUGGAGGAGUUGCGCAAACGCCUGGAGACUUGGGAAGUACGGCAAACGAUCGGCGACGUAUUUCUUGAAGUGUUCACAAAGCCCGAUGUGCUCGAGACCUACACUCUUUUCCUCGACAAUUGGAAGUCUGCGAAAAAAGCCAUCAAGACGACAUGCCAAGCCAAGCCGGCUUUCGCCCGUUUCCUUGAGACGAUGGAACGCGAGCACAAAGGUAAACUUGGUCUGGAUCAAUUGCUGAUCAAGCCAGUACAAAAGAUACCAAGGUACGAAUUGCUGAUUCAACGCUUACUCAAACACACGGACGCCUCACAUCCGGACAAAGACUUAUUGACAGCAGCAUUGAAGGAAGUACAUGAGCUCGUCGUCAAGAUCAAUUGUACCGAACGCCAGUCACUCGAGUGGGAGCAACAGCAGACCACUCUUAAAGAGGUGCAGUCUCUUGUCGAAGGUCUGGUCGGGAUUGUCGCUAAUGAUAGGACGUUUAUCCGGCACGAUCUUGUGAGCAUAGCUUCGAACCAAGGCACGCGUAAGGAACGAGGUCUCUUUCUUUUCUCGGAUCUCCUUGUUAUCACCAGCAUCAAACGACGAAGUGGCACCAUUAGGAAACCCUCCACGAGUACUUGCCCAAACAGUUUAGUUGCCUUGUUAGAAGCAAACAAAUACAAAAUGUUAAUGAGGAUUCCAGUGGAUGAUUUGGAAGUUGUAAAAGCCAAGGAUGAAAAUCUGAGGCGCAUGGCACGCGAAGUCGACCACUUACGAGAAGAUUGCGCGACUCUGGCACAGCUGCAGGAGCUUACCGUUACGUUGCAUGGGGCAAAGCAACAGCUCGAGGAUCUGAUCAAGGACAUGCUCAACCAGACGCAGAAACAGUUGGCUGAACGUAAUGCAGCACAUUCGCAGCUGGCUUGUCUUGAGCUCACUCUUAAUACGCAAGGUGGCAUGGAGAAUAUAUCUGUGAUGUUUGCAAAGCCAGACAAGCGAGCAAGCUGGGAAGAAAGUUUCAAUGAAGCCAAACAAAAAUUAGUGGCCUCAACAGAUCGAAGGCCAGUACCGGAAUUCGUAGGCCCACUGCCGAUCCGUAAAACACGCGCAGGUUUGCAAUUCACGUGCGCUGCACCAACAUUGGCUAAUGGCCAAGGAGCUCGUGACGUUUGGGUGUGCAAUAGUGACGGUUACGUCGGACAAGUAUGUGUAUUGAGCUUGAGUCCUGAACCUCCGCAGGUCACGUCAUGCAACGGCGUCUGCAACGCAAGAAUUCUCUGCGUUGCUGGCAUUCCUGCCUGCACGUCUGUGUCAAAUUCCUGUGCACCAGUUAACAAUGUCUUUGUUAAUAGUAAAACUACUGUUGGUGUUUUGGCUCAAAGUACAGAUACAAGUAGUGGAAAUAUUCAACUUGACAGCUCAAGCUCAGACGACUCGGACUCGGAUGAUAUUCCAUGUGCGGACUUGGCAAGCGUCUCUUUAGUGGGUGGUGAUGUCUCGAGUCUCGACAGUGGUGCCUUGGACGAGGACUUCAAUCAGCCAACCAUGUGGCUAGGCACCGAGGACGGCUGCGUGCACGUCUACAAUUGCACCGAUAACAUCAGAAUCAAGAGGAAUAAGGUCAAGCUGCAACACGGCAGCAGUGUUCAUUGCAUUAUAUAUUUGGACAAUAAAGUGUUUGUAUCAUUAGCGAACGGCGACGUUACUGUUUACUCGCGAGACCACCUUGGCGGUUGGAAUACAUCGGAUCCAACAACGUUAUCAGUCGGCACAGUUGCCUCGCCCGUAACAAAGAUGCUACCAGUCUCGGGUAAAUUGUGGUGCGCCAGUCACAAUAGCGUGAAAAUUCUGAAUCCGUACUCACUGGUAAUCGAGCAUACGUUCGGUGUGAGCAGCGACAAUAACCGGCCGAUCUCGUGUAUGGCGAGUUCAGGUGGUUUCGGCGUCUGGAUAUCACUUUACAACAGCGCUAUUCUCAAGCUGUUCCACGCCGGCAGCUUCGAGUGCCUUGCUGACGUCAAUAUCGCGCCUGCAGUCACCAACAUGCUUGCCACAGAUUGCGAUGACAUAAUUCGGCAGCAUAAGGCCGCGUGCCUACGGGUCACCGCGCUAUUGGCAUGCAACGAGCUUCUGUGGAUUGGCACAAGCGCAGGCGUUCUUCUAACAGUACCCAUACCACACAUCAAAUCCUCCACUCAGAGGAUGUCGCAAGUGCCUCUUGUUACCGGCAUACCGCACGGACACACGGGUCACGUGCGUUUUCUCACAUGCGUAGAAACAGCCAGUCCAUCAAAGAGUGAGCCGCGACCUAAGGCCAAUCGUUAUUCUCUGAAAGGUAGCAAAUCCUUAGGAGCACAGCAAAGUAAUGCUAACGGUAGUGGUAAUAGUGUCGAACGUGGACGAUUACUCGUUAUCUCUGGUGGAGAUGGUUACGAAGACUUCCGUGGACCUCAAGCGUCGGCUGAGCUACAGGCAGGCCGCGAGGACUCGACCAAUCAUCUCCUGCUCUGGAAGGUUUGAUAGGGACUAAAGAAGCCCAGUCCAGGGAUGGACUUUGGUAUUGAUUUUGAGGAAGCCAAGAGAAGAAUAAUCGCGCUUGGCACGCCGACACGUCUGAGAAAGCCGCUGUUGCGCCAGAAGGAGCAGAGUCAACAGCAGCAACAAGAUGAUUUUCGUCAGCGGCGACGUCGAGCGCUUCGCGAUCGAAGGUACACCCUUCAGUUGGCUCGGAGGGAUUAUCAUUCCUCAACGCGAUGAGGCAAUUACACACGUGAUUCAAUCCUUUAUAUUAUUGUUCACUUGACUAAUGUCUCUCAAUUGAUGAUUGCGUUGAAGAUGGAUGUGAAAAAACAAAUUUCUACAGUGACUGACUCGCAAAGCUGUAUGAAACAGUGCUUUAUGUUUUCUGGCGAUAAUUGUCUGCAUUUAGACGUUCAUGUAAUUUAUCGUUAAUGAUUCGAUCUUAUUGAGAACCCAUUUAAAAAAGAUAUGAAAAAAGGAAAGUAAAGAGCAUAGCCAUUUUGUUUUAACCUAUAUUUACCUAAUCUUAUUCAAAAGAGUAUCAAGUUAUUUUGGCGGAUUAAAGUUUUAUCAAUAUCAAUAAAGCAAAUAAAGUACAGCUUUGUACUUCAAUUUCCUUAGAUUUUCAAAUUUGAUACAUUUUUCAAUGAAUUCGCGUACACAAAUUAUGUACUAGUUAAUACAUAAUAAAUUAGUACAUUUGUAUGAGUCUGAAAGAUGAUAUGCAUCAAGUGUAUCUGUGAUGUCUCACAGAGUUCGAUUGUGAAUUCCCUUUCAUCUAAUUUCAUAAUAAUAUAUUUUGUCAAGGAGUACUCACAGUUAGAUGGAAUAAAGAAAUAAUCACAUAUUUAUUUGCACUAAAGUAUUCCAAUUACACCUGUCAUGUAUUGAAUAAAGAACAUUGUUACAAAUAUUGUUACCAAUUAAUGCGAACGCAUGGAAAGAAAUUGUUCUUUUGAGCUGAUUUCAAAAAAUAUGAAAUUAUAAUAUAAGCUUAUGUUUAAUUACAACUGUCAACUUGAAUACAUUUACGUUGAAAGGGAUUUACUGGCAUGCCGAUUUAUUAAUGUUUAUGGAUACGAAAUUAUGUAAUUUUUAUAUUUUUUUAUGGUGACGUUAAACUUUCAAUUUUUCUUUCUGUGCAAUUUAUAAUAAUAAAAUCUUUACGAUGUACUUAUACUUAUUGUUUGUUAACAAAUACCAUUACAAAGUUAAAUUUUUUUAUUGAAUAUCAAUGUUUUGGUUACAAGGAAGAAAGUUAAAUUUACAAUUAUAAUGUGACACUGCAAAAGGAAGUUUUCCUUGAACGUUUUAAAUGUUGCUUAAAUGUACCUGAAAAUAAAAUGACGAUAUAACGAGCUUAAACUUAGAUAAUGAAAUCACGAAAUUUUCUUUCGUGUAUAUUUUGAAACGAUAUAAUCCCGUAUGCCUAAAUUUAAAUAAGUGAAUGAGUGUAACAAAAAUACCCGUACUAUAUAAAAGUACGAUAAAGUGCCAAAAUUUACAUUUAUCUCUUUGUAAAUAAUCUAACCUUUUUGCAAAUAGCAUAUCCAAAUAUACAGAACCAGCGUCUUUCUCUUCGAAAUAAGUAGUUAAAAAAGAAAAUAAAUUAAUUGAAUAUAUAUGUACAUAUUUAAAAAUUGGAAAAUUUUAUACUAAAAAACUUAUUCCUCCAUGGCUAAGGUAAAUUUAAAUUAGAAAUAUAAAUGCAUUGUUCAAUAAAGUACAGAUUGUUAAUGCGUCGUUCAUAUAUUUACUUUUAAAGAUAUAAAAUUGAAAUGGCACAUACGUUGUAGACAAUUCCAAAGUAUUUGAAUAGGCGAAUUGCAAUGUUUGUUUAUUAUUUGCAAACAACUGGACGCUACAGAAAACUGAAAAAAAUAAUGGUUUGAUUUAUACCGUUAAUGUUAUUUUUUUUAAUAAUGAAACGUUUGAUUUUCUAAUUAUUACGUUGAAUAUUAUUUCUUUCUCCAUACUUAGUACUGUUGUAACAAACUAUCUGUACUUACAAUUUUUUUAUAUUCAAUACUCUUUUAGAACAACCGUAAUCGAAGUGAAAUCCUAAAAUAACAAUAAAUGAAAUAUAUAGGAAAAUUAAAUCUAACUGUAAAGUGUUACAGAACAUAUAAAUUUAUGUCAAAGUUAAUGAUAACGGAUAAAGCACGUGUGAAUUAGAUUGGAAAGAGGAAAUCGCGGUAUAUAAUUUAUGAUACUUUGAUGUAUGUUAACGUGAUGUAGAUUAUGUAUGGUAAAAUGCAUGAAGUUGAAUAAAAAUCUAU